UCUCCCACUGCAUACCAUCACGAUAGUUGCGAGACAUGGCGAUGUGUUGCCACUCUUCCUGUAGCCUCAUAUGCAUCGUCUUCCUCCUCGUUUUUGUUGCUGUGGCAGCGGAGGGUGCAGGAUAUGUGCAGGCGCGGCAGCGGAAAUUACAGCAGGUGCCGGCACCACCGCCAGUGCCGCUGCCAAAUCCUAACCCGCAGCCUGACCCAUACCCACAACCUUUGCCUAUGCCAGACCCAAAUCCACAGCCAUUACCGCAGCCUUUACCGCAACCACUGCCAGGCCCAAACCCGCAGCCACAACCAUUACCUCAGCCUCUGCCGCGCCCAAACCUGCAGCCACAACCUCAGCCACAACCGUUGCCUGACGCAAACCCACAGCCACCGCCAUUACCACAACCUCUGCCACAACCACAACCGGGCCCAAACGCACAACCUCUACCACAACCACUGCCGGGCCCAAACCCACAGCCACUGCCUCAACCAGACAUCCAAGGCUCAUAUCCGCAGGUACAACCGUUGCCAGAUUCAAACACGCCUGGACGACAAAAUAACGCACUACAGGGACCGCAACCACUUGGUGCAGCCUCAACUUUAUAUUCGCGUGGUGCUACAUAUAAACAGAUACUUUUCAUGGGUUUACUGUUGUACUAUUUUGUUUAGAUAAAGCGAUGCUACUUCAUGUAAAUAAAUCUACCAUUUUGUAAACUUUGUAUCUAAAGUGAUGUAUCGGUCUGGUAUGAUCUUUGUGUAUUUACAUUUGUACUACUUAUAUACUAUAUGCAAUAAACUUUUAUAUGAUUC